AUGGCGGAAGAGAAUCCUUUUGCUGAGAAUCAAAUUGUUGUUGAGAGCUCACAUCCUCUCUACUUGAGUCCUUCGGAUAAUCCUGGAACAAAUUUGGUGUUCACGUUAUUUGACAGAACUGGGUCAAGUGUUCUUCAUUCCAAUUCUGCAAGGGAUCUUUGGAAACAACUUGAAGACAGGUAUGGACAAUCUGAUGUAGCUCAAUUGUUUGGCCUACGAAAGAAAUUAUUAGAAAUUGUACAAGGAUCUAAUGAUAUAGCAACCUAUUUCAAUAAUAUAAAAGCAAUUUGGGAUGAGUUGAAUGCAUUGGAUGCAAAAAUUCCAUGUACUUGUAUUGAAUGCAUAUGUGAAGCAAAACAUAAGAAUAAGGCAAUUGAGGAGGGACGACAAUUAGUUCAAUUUCUUAUGGGACUGAAUGAAACAUACACUGCUUGUAGAGGAAAUAUAAUGAUGAUGACUCCUAUACCAAAUAUUGAUAAGGCAUAUUCUUUACUUCUUCAAGAAGAAAGACAAAGAUCUAUUCAACCUACAAUGAAUUCUCCUAUGGAUUCGAGUUCAUUUAAUGCAUCAACACAGAAAUUUGGACAGUAUUCAGGACAGAGUAAGAUGAAUUUUAACCUAAAUACUGGGGGAGGAAAGAGAAACAAUACAGCAAAGGGAAGUGACAGGAGAAAUAUGUUUUGUUCUUAUUGUCAAAGAGCUGGACAUACAAUCGAAAGGUGCUUCAAAAUUCAUGGUUAUCCAAACAGUUUUAAGACAAAUAUGCAAGGGAAUAUGCAGGGGAAUAGAACAAGAAAAUAUUAA